AUGCAAGCGGGAGGUACGCGUGCAGGGCAUGAAGGUCACCAUCGACGCUGCAGAAGGGAAACCAGGCUGCGGAAACGGCGAGAAGGAGCCGAUUUAUCAAGCCAGGGCUGCUUUGGUCGACCAUCCACUUUGUUCGAAGAGCCCGGAGACAAAGAAGUCGAAUAA